CCACUCCGGCAGUGAACUUUUCCUUCCGUUUCCGCGCCCGCGGCCAGACACUUGCUGCAGCGGGACUGCCACGCCGCCAGGUCCAGGUCCGGCUCCGGGAGGGAGAACGAUGGCAGACGAUCAAAACUCUAUCGAUCAGAACUCUGUCGGGGAGCAGGGAGCUGGGGAGUCAGCGAGCGAAGAUGCAACUGAUGCUAAGCCAGACCGGUCCUCCUUUGUCUCCUCCAUCCUGCGAGAAGAGGAAAACGUACUGCCUGUUGUCGCAUGGCGAGGGAGGCCGAGUGGGGCGCUUUCGGAUGGAGACCCGAGUAAGAAGAAGAACUCCAUCAAGGCCACCCAGAACCAAGAGCCUACAUAUCGGUAUAACAUGAACUUUGAGAAGAUGGGCAAAUGCAUCAUAAUAAACAACAAGAACUUCCACGAAUCGACAGGGCUGUCCGUCCGGAGCGGAACAGACAAAGAUGCUGAGUCCCUUUUCAAGACCUUCCAAAACCUGGGUUUCGACGUGGUGGUGUGUAACAACUACACUUGUGCCCAGAUGCACAAGGUGCUGAAAGAAGCCUCUGAGGAGGACCACAGAAAUGCAGCCUGCUUCGCCUGUGUCUUGUUGAGCCACGGAGAAGAAAACUCGAUUUACGGAACGGACGACAAGAUGGACAUCAAGGACUUGACCUGCCUUUUUCGGGGGGAUAAAUGCAAAACCCUUUUAGAGAAACCCAAACUCUUCUUCAUCCAGGCGUGCCGGGGCACAGAGCUCGAUGACGGGAUCCAACCCGACUCGGGGCCCAUCAGCGACACAGAUGCCAGCCCCCGCCAGAAGAUCCCCGUGGAGGCAGACUUCCUCUUCGCCUAUUCCACAGUGUCAGGCUAUUACUCGUGGAGGAGCCCGGGAUGCGGCUCCUGGUUUGUGCAGGCCCUCAGCGCCACCCUGGAUGAAUACGGGAAAAGCCUGGACCUCUUGAAGAUCCUCACCAGGGUGAACUACAAGGUGGCCAGGGACUUCGAGUCUCGGACCUUCAACCCGAAUUUCCACGAGAAGAAGCAGAUCCCGUGUGUGGUCUCCAUGCUCACCAAGGACCUCUACUUCUCUAAGUAGCCUUGCCCACUCUCGUGCCAUGUAGCUGGAAAGCAAUGAAUCCUUUAUUGAUGAAUCAUCUCUUUUUUUAAUGUUCUUGAGAUUUCCAUAAAUUC